AUGGACGAUGGCUCAGCAAGCGGUGUGAGUGCACGUGGCCUAACGCUCACAACUGCAACACCAACAGCAACAACAAAAGACACGCAUGACCAUGUCGAUAGCACCAGUGCUGGUGCCAACUCAGCCAACAGCAACAACAACAACAACAACAACAAUGCACUGUAUCAAAGUAAUCUGAGUGAUUGCCAGAAUGUGAGCAGCAGUGGAGGCGGCACGGCACGCGGCGGUAGCAGCGAGUUGAAUGCCACAUCUGCAGUCACGCCCGCCAUAACGCACAUCAAACAAUCGCCAAGUCCAAUGAGUAGCGGCGCUGCUGAGGCGACCACAGUUGGUUUACAACAACAACAACAACAGCAACGUCAUCAGCAACAACAUCAUCACCGACAAUCAGACGAAGUGCUGUUCGACGCCACGACCGCGUCAGCAAUUGUGACACAUCCCCACUCGACGAUAGCGGCGCUAGAUAUGCAACAUCAGCAGCAGCAAGCGCAUGCUCAGCAACAUCAUCAACUGCAGCAACAACAACAACAACAACACUUGCAAAGACUUGGCAGUUUGAGUAGCAUCAGCAACACACCUGCAACUGGCGCAACAACAGCAGCCGACACUGUUGCCGGCAGCCGUGGUAGUGGUGGCGCUGGCGUUGGUCAUUCUGUCGGUGGCGAACGUCCGCCACCACCGCCGUACAGCAGCAGCGCUGCUGUCAUGGCUAGCAAAGCUUUCCAUGCGGGCUCCUGUGCUGCGCACAGUAUGGAAGCGAUUAGCGGCGAUGAACCGCCAAUAGCGACGCAAACCUCACGUCUAACGGCUUAUGAGCAGUUUCUGAAAUUGUCCGCGCAAGAAUAUGCGACGACGACGUCCGAUAAUGUUUCAGUGCUCAAUUUGAGCAGCAUUGGCAAGGCGGUCGAUAGCGAUCUGAUGUUGCGACACGUCAAUGUGGCAGCGGUCAUGGCUGCAGCAGCAGUGGAGAGUGGCGGCGCGGCAGAAGGAAGCGGUGUUGGUGUCGCUGAUGGUUGUGAGCAUAAUUAA